AUGGGCCGGUGCCAUCGCAACCCGCUUACGAAUCCGCUGCAAUAUGCAACACUACAACUGCGCACCGGGCCCCCGGUAACAUACGCGGCCGCCGAGAGGGGCCUUGUCACAUAUGAUUACGUGAUCAUUGGCGCCGGUGCAGCAGGCUGUGUCCUGGCUAACAAACUCUCCGAGGACAAGAAUGUCUCAGUGCUCCUUCUCGAAGCUGGAAGCGACAACGCCAAGGUCUUCGAAACCAAAGUGCCUCUACUGUUUUCCAAACUGUUUCAUACGCAGAAUGAUUGGGACUACUACACGGUGGAACAGCCGGGGCUCGCCAAUCGCCAGCUAUACUGGCCCCGGGGGAAGAUUAUUGGAGGUUCGACCUCGCUCAACGCUAUGAUUUAUCACCACUGCUCCAAAUCCGAUUUUGACGAAUGGGCCUCGGCGUAUGGCUGUGCGGGGUGGGACUAUGAUGAGCUAGCCCCCUACCUUCGGGGCAUGGAGCGCUUUACCGCCAAUCCAGAUCGCCCAGCCAUCGACGUCCAGCAUCGCGGCACCGUUGGGCAAUGGCAGACGGGUUAUACGUGGCUGUCAGAGAUUGUCGAAAAGGGGUUCCUGCCCGCCUGUCACGACGCCCAGAUUCCUCCCAUCGCGGACAUUAAUACCCGUCAGGGCAGCGUGGGCGUGACGAGACUCCAGACCUUUAUCGAUCCCAAGGGACAGCGCUCGUCGCUUGCCACGGCCUUCCUCACGCCGGAGGUGUUGGCACGGCCGAAUCUGUAUGUUGCAUGUAACGCCCGAGUGACUCGCGUGCUUGUUGAUCAAAUCACGACCAAGGAGCCGACCGUGAUUGGCGUUGAGUUCCAGACUAGCCGUGGUGGUGAACGCUUCCAGGUCCACGCGCGACGAGAGGUCCUCCUCUGUGGAGGAGCGGUCAACACGCCGCAGACGCUGUUGCUGAGCGGCAUCGGUCCUGCUGACGAGCUGAAGGCCCACGGGAUCCCCGUCAUCCAAGAGAACGAUGCGGUCGGUCACAACCUCAAAGAUCAUCUCUGCACAACGCCAGUUAUAGGCAAGGCCAAGGACAGUGCCACUCUUGAUUACUUGGGAAACAAUGUCAAGGCCAUUCCGGCUCUAGCGCGCUGGAUGCUCACGGGCGGCGGCCCGCUGUCCAGUAACAUCGGCGAGGCGGCUGCGUUCAUCCGGUCCACGGACUACCGCUUCCCUCAGACGAAGAACGCUCCCAACGAUCAUACGUCUGGUGGUUCCGCACCGGACAUCGAGCUUAUUGGCGCCCCAAUCGCCUUUAUCCAUCAUGGUGAAGAGAAAGCAAUCGAUGGAAGCAGUGUCUUCAGCAUCAUCCCGAUUGGUCUUCGCCCACAGAGUCACGGCACAAUCACCCUGAAGAGCCGAGAUGUCUUUGAUGCACCGAUUAUCGACCCGAAGUACCUAAGCGACGAAUGCAGCAACGACCGAAAUGUUCUCCUGGUCGCCCUCCGCGUGUGUCUCAAGAUCGUCCACAGCCCGGCUUUCAAGAAAUAUUUUGAGGCUGUCCCCAUGAACGACGAUCCGAGCUCAUACUGGUGGCCCUACUCGAGCAGUAAUAUUGACAAGGUUACCGACGAGCAACUCCUACACUUUAUGGAUAAGAAGGCCUUCACACUGUACCAUCCUGUCGGCUCGGCCCGCAUGGGCCCGUCGCCUACUACGAGCGCCGUCGACCUUGAAUGCCGGGUCCAUGGUGUUAAGGGUCUCCGUGUGAUGGAUGCCAGUGUAUUCCCAGAACAGAUCAGUGGACACCCCACCGCUCCUAUUGCUGCCAUGGCUGCCAAGCUGAGUGAGAUGAUCAAGGAACGCAGCGGCGUGGCUACUCCUCUCGGUGCACAUUUGUAG